AUGCCCUACUUCCCCUACUCCCGCCAAUCGAAGAAGAAGACACACCGCGGCGCCAUCACCGCCCGCAUGAUUGCCAACCUUAUGAAGGUCGCCGGCGUCGACCACGUCAUCACCAUCGACCUCCACGCCUCGCAGAUGCAGGGCUUCUUCAAGUGCCCGGUCGACAACCUCCGAGCAGAGCCGUUGAUCGCGAAGUGGGUUCGCAUGAACAUACCGGACUGGCAGGAAGCGGUGGUAGUGAGCAAGAAUCCUGGUGGGACAAAACGGGUCACAUCAUUGGCGGAUGCGCUGCAGUUGAGCUUCGGCAUUGUGACGACAGAGAGGAGAAGGACACAUAUGCCGGGCAGCAUGUUCAACAGUGGGGUCUUUGAGCCGAUGGGGACGGAUGGAACUAAUGACCGAGAUGCGCUGCAUCGCGAGGCGUACGAGGAGGCGGAGGUGGCAGAUUCUUUCUCAUCGGGGAGAACAACAACACGCGAAGACCAUGCAUAUCAGAGCCAACAGGCGCGGACUAACGGCUUUGGACACAACAGAAGAAACGGAGCGCCGAGGGCUGCGAAUACGAUGCCUGCUGGUCGUUGGUCUCGGCUGAUGAACGGUGACUCGCCUUCCAGCCCCCUUUCCAACUCGCACAGGGCUGGCUCGGUUGAUACGGAAGAUGGGAGGAGCUCGCCCACUCCAGGGAUUCAGAGGCAUUCCACAGCACUGGGGGUCUCACGGCACCACGACGAAGACGGUUACGAAGAGUAUGGGGAUGGUGAGGACGAUGAGAGUGCUCGGGAUGUGAUUACCGGCCGUCUCAUCCACGGCCACAUCGUCGACGAUGACGCGCCUUCGCCUGGCAUGUCGACUCGCUCCGCAUCCAUCACAAACGGCAACGGGGCACGCUCCGCCAGCGACGAGAACGAACUACCCGAGCCUAUGACCCAAUCUUUCAUCUCAGUCACCUCCGAACGUCCCAUGGGCGCACCACAGCAUGGCCUUGGCGGUACCGGCGACGCAACCGCCUCAGACGAGGAAGAAGAAGAGGACCUCCGCAACCCGGACGUGGAAACCACCGUCACACUCGUCGGCAACGUACGCGACAAGCCGGUGCUCAUCGUAGACGACAUGAUCGACAAAGCUGGCUCCUGGAUCGCGGCAGCCGAGACCGUCGUCAAGCGCGGCGGCGCGACAAAAGUCUACUGCAUGGCUACGCACGGACUCUUCGGCGGCGACAGUCUCCAGGAGCUCGACGCGUGCGAGGAGAUCGAGGCGGUGGUCGUGACGGAUGCUUUCCCGAUCCCUGAGGAGAAGAGGCGAGGAGUGAAGAAGUUGCGUAUUCUGGACGUGAGUGGGCUGCUGGCGGAGGCGAUUCGCAGGAACUAUCACGGCGAGAGCAUUACGCAGCUUUAUGCGCACUUUGACUGA